AAUAAAUACACCCCUGGUCCUGACCAUCAACAAAAUACGACCGCAUACAACCACUCGAAAACUACAUUUCCUAGCUUCCUUUUCACGGACUCAAACUGAAAAAAUGACCAAAGAGGGGUUCGGAGCGGGUCUUCUGUAGUCGAUUCUGAAAAUCUUUCGAGCGAAUAGCCCUGUAUUCAACUACAGUACCCACACGUCACUGUCAGUCCUACUCGAGAGCGUUGGUUAGUCAGGGAUAUCACACCACUGUCUAUCUCACUCUCCCCCUGUAUCAACGCAUUGACAUAGCUAGUAGAAGACAAUAAAAAAUAAAAAAAUUCAAGCCGAAGAUGGCAGAGCUUGGAGCGGGGAGCCUGCUGUUGGGGGAUCCUGCUUUUAAUUACCAAGAAGCCGAGCUAAAUGAACGAUUGAAGCGGCUCUACCCGGCCGUAAAUGAGGAUGAGACCCCCUUACCCCGAUCAUGGAGCCCCAAGGAUAAAUACAGUUACAUCGGGCUCUCACAGAACAAUCUUCGGGUGCAUUACAAAGGUCAUGGGAAGAAUCACAAGGAUGCCGCGUCUGUGCGUGCCACUCAUCCCAUACCAGCUGCAUGUGGGAUCUACUACUUUGAAGUGAAGAUUGUCAGCAAGGGCAGGGAUGGGUACAUGGGGAUUGGUCUGUCUGCCCAGGGAGUCAACAUGAACAGACUGCCUGGUUGGGACAAGCACUCGUAUGGUUACCACGGUGACGAUGGACACUCCUUCUGCUCUUCAGGGACUGGCCAACCAUAUGGCCCAACCUUCACCACUGGCGAUGUGAUUGGUUGCUGUGUGAACCUAAUUAACAACACCUGUUUCUACACCAAGAAUGGCAUCAGUCUAGGUGUAGCUUUUACAGACCUCCCUCCAAACCUGUACCCCACAGUGGGCCUGCAGACUCCUGGAGAGAUUGUGGAUGCUAACUUUGGCCAGCAGCCCUUUGUGUUUGACAUUGAGGACUAUAUGAGUGAAUGGAGGGCUAAGAUCCAUGGCAUGAUCGCCCGCUUCCCUAUCGGCGAGAGACUGGGGGAGUGGCAGGCAGUGCUGCAGAAUAUGGUAUCCACCUACCUGGUGCAUCAUGGGUACUGUGCUACGGCCACAGCCUUUGCCAGGGCUACAGAAACCUUGAUCCAGGAGGACCAGACCUCCAUAAAGAACCGGCAGAGAAUACAGAAGCUGGUAUUGGCAGGGCGUGUUGGAGAGGCCAUCGAAGCCACACAGCAGCUGUACCCUGGACUUCUAGAACACAACCCCAAUCUACUCUUCAUGUUGAAGUGUCGGCAGUUUGUGGAGAUGGUGAACGGUACAGACAGUGAGGUACGAUGCUUUAGUGUCCGCUCCCCCAAGUCCCAGGACAGCUACCCUGGCUCCCCCAGCCUGAGCCCCCGACAUGGAGCCACCAACCCCAAUCUGCACAGUGCAGGAGCAGACAGCCCCACAUGCAGUAACGGGGUCACCCCACCCAACAAGAACAAGAGCCACAACAAGUAUCCAGGCGUCAGCUCUGCCUCCUCCUCCUCUUCUUCCUCCCCUUCCUCUGUCAAUUACUCUGAGUCCAACUCCACUGACUCCACCAAGUCCCAGCCUCACAGUGGCACCAGCAACCAGGAGGAGACCAGGUGUGUGGCAAGUGACAGUGAGAUGGAGAUUGAGGCUGAGCACUACACUAACGGGGUGGCAGAGAACCCCUCUGCUCGGAUCAUGAAUGGCACCUACAAGCACCAGGAAAUCCUGCAGGCUCAGGACAUCAGCCUGGGCAACGGAGUGGCAGAGGAUAGCUGUGCCUCCAGACAGCUGUGUGGAGGGAACCAAGCAGCCACAGAGCGGAUGAUCCAGUUUGGCCGUGAACUGCAGGGCCUCAACGAGCAGUUGUGCCGUGAAUACGGCAAGAAUGUCACACACAAGAAGAUGCUGCAGGAUGCCUUCAGUUUAUUAGCAUAUUCAGAUCCCUGGAACUGCCCAGUGGGGCAACAGCUAGACCCAAUGCAGAGAGAGAAUAUCUGCUCUGCUCUUAACAGCGCCAUCUUGGAGUCUCAGAACUUGCCUAAGCAGCCCCCUCUGAUGCUUGCUCUGGGUCAGGCCACAGAGUGUGUCCAGCUCAUGGCUAGGGUCCGCUCAGGGUCCUGUUCCUUCGCCAGAGUAGACAACUUUUUGCACUAGCCCCAGUCCAGGUGAGUCUGGACAGACACACACAUACUUACUUCCCUCCCCUUAUAGCACCACAUCAAUGCACUGUUUUACCUAUAAGGAACUUUUCAGGAAUGUUUUUGACUACACAUGGCCCAUGCUGUUAGCGUCAAGUUGGAUUGUAGGGUUACUGUUUGGAGUACAGUAAUAGUACAGUAAUAGUACAGUAAUAGUGUUGUAUAGAUUACAAUACAGCAGUUCCAAAAAUGUUUAUUUCAUUCCUAAGGCAAUGUUCAGGACUAAGAAGAGGUCUUUCCAAUGGGUUGCCAGAUGACUGAGGAAAGCAUGUGUUUGAAUUUGUGUGUCGCUUGCCAUUUGGCAGAAGCAGAUGGACAGGGGAAUGAGUAGAACAUGACAGGAAAGCUUAUUUUUAAUUUAGUAUUAUCAAAUACAAAAUGUGUGACUCUAUUUAAAGAAUUCAUUAUUAUUCUGUUUAUCUAGUUAUGUUCUAGGUUUUAUUUAGUCAGUUUGUUGUGCUCAUCUUGGAAGGAAAAAAAAUCUAAUUCCGUUUUUGUUUUUGAGUGGAUUUCAAUUCCCUACACAGUAUUUUAAAGAUGUUCAUCAUAUCAAAGAAAUUAAUGUUGGCAUGCUUUGUCGUUACCAAGCAAGAUACUCUGGUUUCUUUCAUUCAGAACUCAGGUAUUCACAGCACAUUUGUCAACUCAGUAUGGGAUAUUGUAGGCAGAGGUAUGUUUACCCAGCUGUUCAGUGGCUCCAAUUUAGGACCUGCAUUUUUUGGUUCAAAUUCUUACUACUUAGUAUGACUUAACUCCAGAAGCUAAUUUAAUUUAAAGUUAAAGGUCUGAAUUGGCUUCUGAAAGUACACAUGGCUAUAAGCCACUAACCUGCUGGUCACCUCAGAGCCCCAUACAGCAGCAUUCACCUCAGAUCAAACAAUGAUGACACUGAUUCAUUUGUGAGUUUCAAUAUAAGUGUAGUAUAUUUCCAAUCAAGUGUCUCCACUAGCUUGAUAUACACACAAUUUAAUGAUAUAUUCAAUAAAAAAGUUAAACUGAUUGCCAAAUACAAGGCUUUUAAUUUGACCUCCCCUUUUCUAAUAACCAAUGGUACUUGCCAUUGGCCACACUUAAUUCAUACAGUCAGUCAUUAAGUCUUUUCAUACCAGUGCUUUGACAGCCAGCCAUUAUCUUAUCAUCGCGAACAUGCUUAUUUUUCCGCUCUCUUGCGGUUCUAUUUUUCUCACAACUAAUGUGAAGCUGUCGCGUUAAUACAUAAACUCAACAUAGACUCGGUCACUUUUACAAACAUGUGACCUUAACUUUGUUCCUUUGUUUUUGUUUGUUUAUUAUAGUCAGUUGAAUAUGUUAUUUUUUUUUCUCUCUUUCUUUCAUUACAGUAUGUAUUCUCCUAUUUUUAACAGAUAUUCUCUUGGCACAUGGGACAGUUGUCGAUCAUUGAUGUAUUAACGCAGUAUUUCACCCAGCCAGCAGGAGGUGCUCCACUGUGUGUUGAAUGUAGUUUAGCAGAUUAUAUUAUGUUUGUGCUUCAGAUUUGCUGCUGGCCACCAUGAGAUUGAUAUUGACAUCCCCUGUACCUGUAAGACAUAUUGCAAUGUGUUUCAUUAACUAUUUUGACAAUCCUGCAAAGCAUGUUUGAAGUAAAGGGGUGGUGGGUGUAGAAAACAUCAGCUUCUGUGUUGUUAGUGUUUGGUAGACUUUAAUAUGUUCACAAAGCCCAAUCUACCCAAUCUUUACAUUUAGACAACAUCUAUCGGCAUCAUGGGCUUAUACCUACUACAAUAUAUACAAAAACAAGAACAAAUACCUUAACUUAAUGUCUACCCUGGCCAAACCCUAACCCAGACGACGCUGGACCAAUUGUGCGCCGCCCUACAGGAGUCCCAAUCACGGCCGGGGCGGUAGGUAGCCUAGUGCUUAGAUCGUUGGGCCAGGUUGCUGGAUUGAAUCCCAGAGCUGCCAAGGUAAAAAUCUGUCGUUCUGCCCCUGAACAAGGCAGUUAACCCACUGUUCCCCGGUAGGCCGUCAUUGUAAAUAAGAAUUUGUUCUUAACUGACUUGCCUAGUUAAAUAAAGGUUAAAAAUAAAUAUUGUAUUGCAGUAGGAAGUAAAAUACAAUAUUUAUUUUACCUUUUAUUUAACUAGGCAAGUCGGUUAAGAACAAAUUCUUAUUUACAAUGACGGCCUACCCUGGCCAAACCAUAACCGGGACGACGCUGGGACAAUUGUGCGCUGCCCUAUGAGAGUCCUAAUCACGGCCUGGAAUCGACCACUGCACCACUCGGGAGCCCUUUAUCCCGAACCUGUUGAAGACUGACAUACUGGGUGGGGCACAUCAUCUUUCAAGCACACCUAUACACACUGUAACCCAUGUUGGAUGAGGUUUUAGUUGUUUUAAUUCAUGUUGCUUAAUUAGUUAAAUCUUUAGGUGGCGCUAUCCAUUCGCAUGAGUUUUCACUAUAGAGUUUACCAGUAAUUCUGAACAAUACCUUCAGUGAUAGACUUUCAAUAUUGGAAGCAGCCAGCAGAUAGAUUUUGAUAAUAUUUUAUGACAUUAUAGCAAAGCCUGCAUCUCUUGAAGGCUUUCAAAAACUGGAAAUGGCUUUUAAACUCCUAUAGCCACCCAAAAUGUAUAUUUCCAUUUUAAGAUCAUUCAUUAUGAAAUAGAAUGACUAAUGUUUAGGUGUGUGUGUGUGUGUACGUAGAAAGAUCGUAAUCUGUCGAGCUUCUCCUGGGACUUUUAUAGACACACCUACACCUACUGUAGCAAACAAUCUCCCUGUUCUCCUUUUAUGUGUUAUGUUUUUCAAUUGGAGCUAUCCAUGCUUCAAAUGGAGAGGCGAAGGGAAUGGAAUUAGGAAUUAAAAACAACAAGCUGUGCACAAUUUACUAUUAUUUUCUAUUAUUAUUUUAAUUUCAUAUUGAGUUUUGAGUUUAGCAAUUGUGAGGUGAGUUACCCUCUACUUGGCAUGAAACUUUUAGAACCUUUAAAACAAUAUAUAUAUAUAUAUAUUGUUUUAUAUAUAUAUAUAUAUACACACAAAAAGAGAGAUUAUAAUGAUAAUAAAAAAUUAAAAAACAUACCUAUGUACUAGAAACAUGAUGAAGAAAUAUUGUAUUCUGUUUAAUUUUGACAGAAUUAUUUUUAUUAAAAUACACAUACAUAAGCAUA